AUUUUUCUUUCAAACUUAUUUUCUUUAUUAAAGGAUAAAAAAAUGUCAUUUGGUAGACCACCAAAUAUUUCUACAUUCAAACCAACACCACCAGAAAAGGGAAGUUUUCCUUUAGAUCAUGAAGGUGAAUGCAAACAAUUUGUUAAAGAAUAUCUUGAAUGUUUGAAAAAAAAUCAAGGAAAUAAUGGAAAUUGUAGACAUCUAUCAAAAACCUAUUUAAAAUGUAGAAUGGAUAAAGGACUAAUGACACCUGAAGAAAUGAAAAAUUUAGGAUUUCAAGAUGAUGAAAUAAAAAGGACUGAAGAGAAAUAAAAAUCUCUUACUUUUUUUUUUUAAAAAA